AACCAGAAAAUGCUUUAACAACCCAAAGGUAUUACCCAGAACUUUUAUUUAAAAUUGGUGAGAAAAGAGAGGCAGUAAACGGGUAUUGGAUAAAGAAAGCUAAAGCGAUUAUUAUAAUUAGCUUUAGAUACAAACAUUGCGUUUGUAAACAUAUAGAG